AUGCGCUGCAACCAGAACACGAUCAUCGUAGACUCGCAGGUUGUCCUUGUACCCUAUAGACGCGAACAUGUCGCCAAGUAUCAUGAGUGGAUGACAAGUCCGGAGUUACAGGAGCUCACGGCGAGCGAGCCGCUGACUCUCGAGCAAGAGUAUGAGAUGCAACGUAAAUGGCGAGAGGACGAAGACAAGCUGACGUUCGUCAUACUCGCCAACGAACCAUCCACGUCCCAGUCCUCUAGCACGUCCGAGCCCACUUCAGCGACGGAGGCGAGCUGGCUCAAAGACCUGCCUAUGAUCGGCGACGUGAAUCUCUUCCUCAAGGGGGAUCCUACCGAUGAGGACUUCGAAGCAGAGGUCGAGAUCAUGAUCGCCGAACCAGCCUACCGUCGACGGGGCCUCGCACACACAGUCCUCCAGCUCUUCCUCUCCUACGCCACCUCCGCUUGCCACCACGCUCUCCCUGCCCCUCCAUCCCACGUCCACACCCUCCCGCCGAUCCCCCGCACUGCCCUCGUCGCGCGCAUCGGCAUGCACAACGCGCCCAGCAUCGCGCUCUUCGCGAAGCUCGGAUUCGUCGAGACGAAGCGCGUGGAAGUGUUUGAGGAGGUCGAGAUGCGCUGGCGGGACCCGGAGGCGGGCAUAGGCAUGCGGGAGUGGAAGAGAGGGGAGGUGAGGGAGGUACGGUUCAGCGAGGAGGAUUGA